AUGAGUGGAAACUCCAUGCACCAGAAUCUUUUGAUGAGAUUGUAUCAGCAGAGAUACCUGAUAAAAAAUACAAACAUCCACCUCCAUAACGCUAUUGUGAAGCACAUGAUGCAUGGAUCAUGUGGAGUAUUGAAUCCAUCAAAUGUUUGCAUGAAAGGAAAUCGUGGAUGCAAAAGUAAUUAUCCAAAGAAUUAUGCAUCUACAACAACUGUUGGAAAUGAUUGCUUCCCAAUAUAUAGGCGCUCAAACAAUGGAAUGACUAUGAAGGUCCGAGGACAAAAUCUAGACAAUCGUUGGGUUGUUCCAUACAACCUGUAUCUCCUUGCAACAUUUGACUCUCACAUUAAUGUAGAGAUUUGUUCUACAAUAAAAGCAGUGAAAUAUCUUUACAAGUACAUUUAUAAAGGUCAUGAUCAUGUCGCUUUCAACUUGGUUUCUGAAACAAACAAUCAACAAGUUGAUGAAAUCCAACAAUUCCAGUCAGCCCGAUGGAUUGCUCCCCCAAAAGCAAUGUGGAGAAUAUAUGGAUUUAUUAUCAAUGAGAUGUCCCCAGUAGUGUAUAGUUUGCAUUUACAUCUGGAGGAUCAACACCCCCACACCACAGAAAUUCCUCAACACAUUGAAAUUGUUGCAAAUAAAUUAGCAACAAAAAAAUAG